GAGGAGGGGGGGAGGAAAAAGCAGACACAUUGCCUGUCCCCCAUCCCUCUCUUUCGCUCCUUCUAGCUCCCGAACUAGCUCGCGCUCCCUCCCUCUGAAAACCUUGGAUUUAAACCUACUCAGAAUUCAGCACGGAGGAAAGCAGCCAGCCCGGCAGCUCCAGACAACUGCAGCUCGGCACCCUCCCACCUCCCCCCUUCCCCAAAGAUGUAUCAGCCUGUCUGCUGGAUCGUCUUCACGGCCACCACUGCCCUGCUCUUCCUUCCAGGAGUGCCGGUGCGCAGCGGAGAUGCCACCUUCCCCAAGGCCAUGGACAACGUGACGGUCAGGCAAGGAGAGAGCGCCACCCUCAGGUGUACUGUGGACGACCGAGUCACGCGAGUUGCUUGGCUGAACCGAAGCACGAUUCUUUAUGCUGGAAAUGAUAAGUGGUCGAUAGAUGACCGGGUGGUCAUUCUCACCAACACCAAAACUCAAUACAGUAUCAAGAUCCAUAACGUGGACAUAUAUGAUGAAGGCCCCUAUACCUGCUCUGUACAGACAGACAAUCAUCCCAAAACAUCACGAGUUCAUCUUAUCGUCCAAGUUCCCCCCCAGAUUAUCAACAUCUCAUCCGACAUCACCAUCAAUGAAGGCAGCAGUGUCACUCUCCUGUGCUUAGCCUUUGGAAGGCCAGAACCGACAGUAACAUGGAAGCAUCUCUCUAGCAAAGGUCAGGGAUUUAUAAGUGACGAUGAGUACUUGGAAAUCACGGGCAUCACGAGAGAACAAUCUGGUGAAUAUGAAUGCACUGCGGUCAAUGAUGUGGCAGCGCCCGAUAUUCGGAGGGUAAAGGUCACCGUCAAUU